AUGGCCGAGGAGGCGAUGGCGAGCUAUCUGUACACCGCCUACCCCCCCUACUCCUACCGCUACCCACCGCCCAAGGGUAAAGGAGGAGCGGCGGGCGGCUGGCGGCCGCGGGGCAGCAGCUACUUCCCGGGCUACGGGGAGGCGGCCGCCGAGUACUUCGACAACUACCAGCGGGCACAGCUCAAGGCCAUCCUCUCCCAGGUCAACCCUAACCUGACGCCGCGGCUCCGCAAGGCAAACACCAAGGAGGUGGGCGUCCAGGUGAACCCGCGGCAGGACGUCUCUGUGCAGUGCUCGCUCGGGCCCCGCACGCUGCUGCGCCGCCGCCCCGGCCCCGCCGCGCCGCGGCCCCGUGAGGCGGAGCGGGGGCAGGAGCUGGGCAGCCCCGCCACCACCAGCACCCGUGCCGUGCGCUUCCCUCGCACCAUCGCCGUCUACUCGCCCGUGGCGUCCCGCAGACUCACCGCCUUUCUGGAGGAGCCGGGCCCGGAGCCGGAGCGGCGGCCGCAGCAGCAGGACAAGGCGGCGGCCGUCGAGGAGGAGCCGGCCGCGCUGCGGGAGCAGCGGGAGGCGGAGGCGGCAGCCGUGCGGGCGAGCUGGGAGAAGCCCCCCGAGGGUGGCGCCCGGCCGCCCCACCUGAGCCGGCGACGGACGCAAGCCAGGAGGAGGUGGCAGAGGCAGCCGAGGCACAAGCCGGCAGCUCAGCCGGCAGAGCCGCCGGCCUCACCCCAGAAGCGGCAGUCGUCGGCAGGCAAGACCCGCCUGCGUUUCCAGUUCCUGGAGCAGAAGUAUGGGUACUACCACUGCAAGGCCUGCAACAUCCGCUGGGAGAGCGCCUAUGUUUGGUGCGUCCAGGGCACCAACAAGGUCUAUUUCCGUCAGUUCUGCCGCACCUGCCAGAAGUCCUACAACCCGUACCGCGUGGAGGACAUCACCUGCCAGAGCUGCAAGCAGACGCGGUGCACCUGCCCCGUGAAGAUGCGCCACGUGGAUCCCAAGAGGCCCCACCGCCAGGACCUCUGCGGGAGAUGCAGAGGGAAACGCCUCUCCUGCGAUAGUACAUUCAGUUUCAAAUACAUCAUCUGAAUGGGAAGGGUUUUGUUUUUUUUUUCUGAUUAGGGCUCUUCAAGAAAAGAAGAGUUCUACUUGCUCUGCAAGUAAAGCAGAUUUAUUUUGGUUUUGUUGGUGUUGUUGAAGGUACUCGGUAAGAUGUAGUUUAGGAAAGCAUGAAAAUAAAAGCAUUGCAAAGCACGCUCAAAUGAUCAGGUGGGUUUGUGCCCAGCUCAGAGGGUGCAUAUUGUAAAUUCUGUAACUUGCAUAGGUGACAGGCCUAGAGGUGUAUUGUAAAUCAGUGAUGGUCUUGGAAGCAACUGACUUGGGACUUUGUGGACUUUCCUCAGGUGGAAAGGGUUUCUGUUACUGAUCCUGCUCUUGAACUAAUCAUAUGCUUGAAGUUAACAUCAAAUUGAUAUCUGCAGUAGGCUAUCCUUCAUGAACAAAACUUCAGUAGUAUUCACUCAUUUUGCACACCUCUAGUUAAUGUACAAAGUAUCCUACACCUGUUUUUCAUCACUAGAAAAUGAUUGAGAAAUGCUGUGUAAGUAUUGAAUCACUUCUACUCGUACAGCUGGUCUGCAUUUGGCUAAGUUGGUGUUCUUGUCUGUGUAGGCAAAAGCCAAAGUAAGCUUUUCAGGGAUGGUCCUCACAAAAUGCUGAAGAAUGGAGUCACUGGUGUUAUGGUGAUGGUCUCUUGGUAAACGUGUUGUUCAUCUUGCACAAGGUUAUGGAGAGAGGGAUGCUUCAGAGGAGAAAGGUACAAUCAUACUGCAUCUGUUUGUCUUCCUUUUCAGCCUGCAGGUGAAGUGCAGGAGCUGUGCACUUAGUGGAUUGUAUUUGUAGAGUUUGAUCUAAUUAGGUUACAUGCCCACCAUCAGAAUUGAACUCCCACACUCCCCUGGGGCUGGGUUUGCAGCUAGGAAUUUUACUUGUAGUGUUUGGUAGUAAUGGCAGAACCAGCACUAGUUACCUGUAGAUGAUGCUCUCAGUGGGCUAUUGGUGCUCUCAGUGGUGGUGUCCUCUGCAACAAUAUCUCUUCAGCCAAGUGUUAUGAGCUGGCUCUGGCUAACUUAGAACACCAUCUGAGCAGAUUCACAAGCUAGUAAAACCUACACCACUGCCCAAGUCUGUCUCUUAGCUAUGGAGCUGGGUACACACAGAUGAAAAUGAGAAUGGUACUGACACUUAAUUUUUCAAUUGAGCAUAGUCACCAAGCCUUUUGCAGAACUCUUGAGGUAGCUUCUCUUUGAAAAGACUGAUCUUUAUAUUUGCUAUAGCAAACUUAUCUGCACCUGUAUCCAGUUUACUUGAGAGACCAGUCUAUUAGCUAAAGGGAGAACCAGCCUGAGCCCAUGCUGUAAAACAGCUUCAGUGCCGGUGAUCUUGUUUCUUCAAGCAGAAGCUAGUGUAUGGCAGGGUAGUCAAACAAUAUCCUUUGUAUCAUUGUGUCUUGUUUGACAGUUUAUUCUAUAUGCUUAAUUUGCCUUGCUGUAAAUUCCUGCCCUAUUUCAAUAUACCCCUUGAACCUGCUACAGUAGGCUUAAUGCCUCAGUGUGAAUUUAUUGCCAAGUAAUUUUAUUUAUUCUUGCUGCAUUCAUUAUUAUAGCAGUGUGAGGUGUUCUGGGAACAAGAGACCUACUUCCUCCAGAUAAGAGCAUCUAUUUCCUGCUUCUACCUGAAGUGUCUUUCAUGUAUCACAGGAAAAGGAAAUAUUCCCUUGCUUUACCAGCUCACUCAGACUUUCACAGUAAAUUCCACUGUUGCCCUAUUCAAUUUGAAAAGUACCCCUGCAAUUGGGCAGGUGCAUGUGCCUUGUACUUGCCUGUAUUCACCACUGUGAUGAGCAGUAGCAAGCCUCCAGCUUGAGGAAUGCACUUGGGGCCCUCUCUGCAGCCACCUGGCCCCACGGCCUGUUUGCAGUUGUGAUCUGUGAUCUCUGUUUCUGAGCAUUCUCUCCUCCAAGGAUGUUCUUCAAUGUUUUCCUGUUUGUCUUCCCCAUUCUAGUGGCUGUAGUCUCUUCCUGACACAUGCAUUGAGAAAGUGACUGUGACGAGUCUGUGCACCUUGCUAAUGAGUCAGAGAGCUGAAGCUCUGUGCCAUGCCAGUAUGAAAUCAUGGCAAUAUGAACAGCUGAAUGCUUCCUAUUUGUACAGGCAUCCUCACAAAACACUGCUUUGAGGAUUACUUGCUGUGAAUAUGGUGACUCAUACAGCAUUAUCAGUACUAGCCCAAAGUGAAAUCUAGUGCAACUUAAGGUCUGUCAUCUGCACUACAGUCUAAGCAGUAGUUGGUUCUGCAUGAUGAGGUGUGGAACAGGCCUAGCUGAUGUGAACUGGGUGUUGUGCUUCACCAGCAGCUGAUGAAGGCUCAAAGUGGCAGGUAUCAAGGUGGCCACCCCUGCUUUCAUCAGCUACUGCAAGACUCAGUGGUUUGGAGGAGUACAAUGCAGUGGGCAUCCAUAUUAAAGCUUUCCUUAAUCCUGCAGCAUUCUUCAGUUCCAGAGUAGCUCUACAUCCCACCCCUCUUACAUAAAUAUGUUCAAUGCUUUUACUGCUUGAUGCCCAAGUACAAUUCUGUACUUUCUAGUUGCUUUUCAGCUUUACUGCCGUGUCAUGCCAGCACACACUGAUUGUGGGCACUAGACUCAGCAGGAAGAAGGAAAGCUACUCCUGACCUAUUGUAAUUACAAAGUGCAAAGUGGAAGGGAACAGCCUUUAUGGUGCUGGCUCUUCAAAGCUAUCCUGAACUUGCUCUGUACAGCUUUUUCAUAAAGCGAUUCUUUUGCACUUGUCAGCUCAGUCAGCACUGUAUCUGCUGCAUCUAACAGGAGAUCUCUGAUAUUUUGCUUGUUUCUGAACAGCUUUACCAUAGCUUUGGAUUUGGCACAGACCUUGCACCAGGUAAUGCAGGGUGACAGCUCACACAGUAGUUGACUGAUUUUUGGAAAGCUUAAUAAAAUUAAAGCAAUAGCAAAAGACAGCUAACACAAUUCUGCUCCAGAGAACAGGUUCCACUAGCCAUUAUAAAUGGAGGAAGAUGUGUAACAUAAGGAAUUACAUGUAUGAAUUUGAGUUUCAUGAGAACUCCAUUAACAGCUUCAGAGGAUGCCUAGAAAAAUGCUGCUGUGAAGAAAGGACAUACAAGGAAAAAAAACUACUUCAGAGCAUCCAGGCCUCUGCAAUCAGUGUUUAGUCUGUUUAGCUAAAGUAUUUAAACUCCAGCUUGUAAAAAUACACAAAAUGAGAGAUACAAUGUCUUUUAUUUUUACAAAAAAAAGCUGGUAAAAGAUGAUGUAAAUAAAAGUGUAAUGCGCCCCUAAAUAAAACUACCUCUCCCCUGUAAAUACUAGUUAAAUAAUUAAGAACACCAGCUACAGUACCACAAAACCAUCAAAAUAAUUCAGUUUUAUCAGGGACAGGGAAAAAAAUACAGUGACUAUGAAUGUGCCUUGACCAGUUACAGAAUUUGUUAGGAUAACUACUGUCAGCAGUCCAACAGUGUGCACAGUGCCUUCAAUUAAUGCAUUUCAGCAUAAUUACAUUUCUAGUGGGGUCUAAUUCCCCCAAAAAGGCAGAGCUAAGAAUUUCAAUUCUACAUUCUAAACUCUGGAAUUAGAGCCCAUUAAAAAAUAUCACAGUGGGUAAGAGAUGUAUAUAAAAAUACUGGGUGUUCCUUUCAAA